CCCUUUGCAUGUGGAAGCAGUUAUUACGGACAAUGCCGAAAAUAUCAAGCUUGCCGUAAAAAAGGCUUUUGGCGAUUCCAAGCUGCUCACAUGCUUUGACCAUACCCUGAAUCUUGUGCCCAAAGCAGCUUUAUUUGGAAAAAAAACAAAUGGUACACCCUUUGUUCCCGGAGUGCCGGAACUGAUCAAGAAAAUGAAGGAUAUUGUGACAUAUUCUCAUCAUAGCAGCAAUUUUUCGAAUGAACUUAAACGAAUUCAAAUUUCUCAGUAUAACAAGACCGAAGGGACGGUUUUAAGGCUGCUGCAGGAUGUAGUAACAAGAUGGGGUUCGACCUACAUUAUGAUCGAGCGGUUCUUAUCGCUACAAGCUGUGGUAGUGCAAGCAGCAGCAAGUUUCCCAGACUUAGACAUGCUCUCUGCUACUGAACUGGCAUCUGCACGGGCAAUUAUGGCUAUAUUGGCCCCUUUUCAUAAAGCUACCUCCGAAAUGGGUGCUGAGAAAUCUACCACAAUCAGCAAAGUUUUGCCUAUGGUCUUCAACAUAAUGAAGAAAAUUGAAUCUGUUGCAAUACCCACUGGCAACACAAUUGCCGAAGAAUUUAAAACAUUCAUUACUGCAGAAAUGGUGCGGCGCUUCGGAGGUGCCGAGCAGAAUAUUCGGCUGGCGGCGGCAACUAUUUUAGACCCGCGAUUUAUCAAAUCUUAUUUUCAAAGCCCAUCAGCUGUAACAAGGGCUCAGCGGCACAUUGAACUGGAGAUUGAAAGAGAGAUGACAUUGGACACGCUUGACGCGAACAAUGCAAUUAUGGACUUGAUGGAUUCGGAGGAAACACCUGCCAGGGAAGGCCCAGAUGAGUCAGGGGACUUGUGGAGCGCCCACUCAACCCUCGUGGUGAAUUCCAAAGAGGCAUCAUCCUCCGAUGACAUCCCUGGACGCGCGCGUGCUGAGUUAAGGGGCUACCUGCUGCGCGAAAUAGCACCUAUCACCACGAAUCCCCUUGAAUUAUGGGAGUCUAUCAAGCCUCUCUAUCCUUAUUUGUACCGCGUUGCCCGGCGGAAACUGGCAGUGAUUUCAACGUCAGUACCCUCUGAAAGAUUUUUUUCCAAAGCUGGUUUAAUCAUGGACGACCAGGGCAGUCGGCUCACUGCUAAACACCUGGAGCAAAGGCUGUUCCUCUCUAGUAUAGACAUCGAAUUAUGGGAAAAAGCACGCAUGUUGCAGUGACUUUAGUGAAUUUCUUGGCAUAAUUUUACCUAAUUUUUGUCAUUUCAGCACCUCACCGAGGCAUUUUAUUUUAGGACUUGUUACUUAAAUCCAUAGGUGAAUAAAUUCUUAUGACAAUUCUUCAUGUUUAAAA